AACACACGGUGGACACCGACCACCAGUUGGAACUGUUUUGUAUGAUGUCUUCGGGCAUCGAACGCAACGCAAACGGCGCUCGACUUAAGGAAGUGAUAAUAGAGGACGGAAUCGUUGCCUCCGCUCUGGAAUACCUCGUACUCCACGCGCCGACUAUGAAGUCAUCGCUUUUGGCCACUUCGGAGGAAUGGAAAGAAUUCACGUCAAGGCCUGCUCUCAAAUACGUUCUCCGAAUAUUGACCGGGUUAAGUCACGGCCACGAAAACACACAACUCUUGGUGUCCAAAGACAGUAUACCGAUAAUCCACGGCUUAGAACAGGUGUCGUCCGAUGCACACGUGGGCUCAUUGGCCGAGAAUCUGAUGGAAGCCAUCAAAGAGCACCCGUCCGUCGAAGCGAAGAUAGAAGAGGUUCGCCUCAAGACUAGGGAUGAGAAGAAACGGUUGGCGAUGGCUGUC